UGAUAUGAUGGAUAAAGAAAUUUAUCCUGAAAAAUCUAAGGAUACAUCAAUUCAGACGCCACGACCGUCUUCGCCACGUAAAUUCUUCGCAAGAAUUUACGGUCAUCUGGACCAGCCCAAAACAAAGGAUAAGGAACAGACACAGGGAUCUGAAACAUCGCCGUUGUGGCCGCCGCCACCGCUACCAGUCUGCCCUCGGCCAAUUCUGUUACCUCAUCAGCAAUUGGCAUUCGGCGCUGGUCUCGCAGCCUUUUUGGCACGUAGAAGACGUAAAGAGAGUCGGCCUAGACGGCAACGCACAACCUUCUCCGCUCAUCAAACUUUAAGGCUAGAACUCGAAUACGCGAGAGGGGAAUACGUCGCUCGGGCAAGAAGAUGUGAACUUGCUUCUGCCUUGUCAUUGAGUGAAACUCAAGUGAAAAUAUGGUUCCAGAAUAGAAGGGCUAAGGACAAAAGAAUUGAAAAGGCUCAUUUGGAUCAACAAUACAGACAAUUGGCUGCAGCUUCUGGAUUUUUCCAGCCCAUUUUUAACUCGCCAUAUGGUCCACCGCCGUGCCCGUGUUUGCCAGUACAUUCACCGCCUAAUCUCGAUAAAUAACCUUAAUUUAACGGUUUAGACUUUGAACAAUUUAGACAAUUAUGAUCUUAAAACGUAUAAAGUAUAUGUAAAGGUAUUUCGAAACAAAUUAAUUUGCUUAAUGUAUAUAUACUUGUACGAUACUUAGAAAAAUUUAACACUAUUUUUAGUAAGUGAUUAUAACUUUCGAAUUAUUUAUUUAGUA